CUGUCAUCAUCCCCUGUCCCUGUUGACUGGGUCCGCUGUCCACGGGCCUCCCUCAUCCCCGUCCCUGGGCAGUUCCAGCAAAUGGCCGUAAUGAGGAAACCCACUUCUGUCUGAUCCUCACCCGCCAUUCAAAACAUAACGAGCCCCAACUGCAAUUCUUGGUGUGCCUUUGCCUGCUCUCCUUGCCCUCUUUGCCCUCUCUCUCUUCUGUUGUUUCCGCGUCUGCACCUCCAGUGAUCGUGCCAGUGACAUUUGCACACAGCAUGAAAGAUUGAGCCACCACGUCCAUUCUCAUCUGCUCUCCUCUGUCUGCUGGUGAAUUGCCUCGACCCGCAAAUUACUAGUCGGUUAUGACUGCCGCCACUUGAUAACAAUACCGACAAUCUACUUGACCCCGGCCGACACCUAAUUUCGUCAACGACCACUGCUUCAGGCUCAUCUCCUCUGCUCUUUCCUCGAGUCACCUCUACUCACCUCUACUAGAGCUUUACACUCCUUUGCUUCUGCCGCCGCGCGCCCCAGAAGAUCUGCUCAGUUCAGUUUCAAUUGGUUUUUUGGAGGUGGCCAACCAGUCUACUAGUAUUAGGAAAACGACAAAGAGAGGGGAAUUGGAUUGAAAGACCUCAACUUCAACCUCACGCAAACUACCACACUCAACCCAAUCCGACUCAAAUAACUUGGUCAUUCAAACAACCGCGACCAUGGGGCCCUCUCUCAACGCCCACUCCUUCAGACCUCGCACAUCAGAUCGCGAAGGUCGCCCAAUGACCAGAGACAAUGAUCAGAACUUGAUCAUCCCCAGUCGGACCUCUUCUCUUCAUUCCCGCAUCACCCAACCGAUUCCAUCCACCUUGACCUCUAAGCCGCAACAACGAACUCCAAAGACCCUCACACAUGCCUAUAUGGUAUGCGGUGUUGGUCGGGAACCUUCACAAUGGGUCAAGGCUCCUCCACCCUCCCAGGGAAAGAUCGGCCACAUGAAGGGUGCUGUCGGACAAUUCUGGUUGCCAGAGAUUCUAGGAAGUAGUCCCAGAUUGGAGCAGGAUAACGAAAUUGCCAGAGCCCUACACGCAGCAAUGAGAGUAAGUUGCCCAUGGAGUCUUUGGCUCUUCUCCUACUAAUAUUGCACUAGGCUUGCUUUCCCCACGAUGUAGAGAUCUGUACCGGACGUAGUCAACCACAUUGCGUACACCAUUCCUUCGUUCUCCAGCAAGAUUCAUCCCACACUCUCUAUGGUAUCGCCCUUCGAGUUUGGUCCAGAGCAGACGACAAGCGUGCCGAGACGAUUCGCGAUUUGCGACGACGAACCGAGUCCGACUUUUACGAUUCGCCCGAUGAGACGUACUGGAUUCCGUACUGUUUGUCGUUCCUCUCUAGAUACCCCCUUUACAAUCUUUUGGGUGAUUAUCUUCGAGGAAUGUGGAUCCACUGGAACAAGGCCACCAACCUUUUCCACGCCGAGGAGGUCUCCCGCAUCCUGAGUUUCCCAGCACCAAGACUCAAUGAUUUGGUCCGAAUUGAUAUGAAAGACUACGCCCUCUGCUAUCAAUUCCCCUCUUCCCCAACAGGAUUCCAAAACUUUGCCAUGUGGCCAUUGUUUUCCUGCUUGUCAAUUCCAAACAUCGUUGGUGUUAUAGAGGCUGCUCUAUCCCCCACCCGGCGUAUUAUUUUUGUCAGUCACUACCCCGCCAUGCUUACCGUGGCUGCCGAGACCAUUCGAUUUUGCGUGCGUGUAUAUGAGUGGAGUGGCCUUUACGUGCCUGUGGUUCAUGCCAGACACGCAAAAGAGCUAGUCGAUGAGCCUGGUCCAUACAUCUUGGGUAUUACCGCAGAGUGUCGCAGUCUUUUCAAUGCACCUACGGAUGCUUUGGUUGUAGAUUUGGAUCGUAAUUUUGUUUUGACUUCUAGCCCACCGACCGCCUUGACUGCAGGACAACGAACCAAAAUGAUUACUCGAAUUACUCAAGCGCUCGCUGGAGACGUGACACCGUCAGGAGUCCCACAACAUCUCCGAUCGGCAUACGGAGGCGGCAAAUUGGUUCCAGCUGGUCAAAUUAUUGUGAUGCGUGGAGAAGUUGAGUCCAUCCAAGACCCAGAAUGGUGGGCACAGGAUCCCGUAAUGGCUGUGAUGGACCACGUUUGCGAAAAGAUGGUAAGUCUAAUGUUCUAAUAUCGUCAGGGGGGUUGUUGUAAGUUGCAGAUCACUAACGGCUGUUCCACAGGGUCGAAACACGGGUAUGAAGGCUGUCUUUGGGGGAUCGCAAAAGAAGCCAUUGAUGACCAAGGUCUCUAUGCGACAUCUCAACGAAAUCGUUCGUGAGCGCAACCAGUACUCCAGAGAUGCUCUUGAAGCUUGGCAAGAUUUCAUUAACCUCAAGGGUCGCAUGGAUACCGAGCUCGGAAAGGUGUCCAAGCGAAACAACUAUUUGAGUGAAGAGAUUGAGAGCUGGAAACAACAGGUAAGUUCAAGAAUCGUCACGCGUUUGAUCUCGGUUCUCAUAAUUUCUCCCAGUUCCUCAAGUUCCAAUCCUUUGCCGAGCAACUUACCAAGGAAACUCAAGAUCUCAAGGUCAAGAUUGAGAACCACAAGCGUGAAAACAAACGUCUUACAGGUCUCAUUGAUCAGCAGAGGGAUGAUGCUCAACGUCUCACAACCCGUUUGUCGGGCACCGAGAAGCAACGUGAUGAUGCUUUGGAAGCCCUUGUCCUUCAACAGGAGAUUGCCGAGGAGCUCGAGCGUGAGCGCAAGAGAAACAAGAAGGAGCUUGCCGGUCUCCAGCAAACUAACCUCACCAUUCUUCGCCAACGUGAUGAAGCACAACGUGUUGUUCUUCACCUCCGUAGCUUGAUUGGUGGUCAAGCUCAUCACAUGGAACACCUCGUGUCAACUCUUGGAAAGGGUCCAGAUUUGGCCGAGUACAUUGAGGCUGAUGCAGACGAAGACGCAGAGGAACCAAACGACGUUGCUGAGGAGGGCAAGGGAAAGAACGACAACCUUACUGUAACACCAAGAUACAAGGGCCGUGACGAUACGAACCCUGAUAUGGAAACCCGACUCAGAAACGGCCUUCGAAACAGUAAGCGAUACAGCCAAAUGAGCAUCGUGGAUGUGGCCGAUCGCCAUCUCCGGGAUAAGACUGAUGCCAUCGCCCACAUCAUCCGUAAUAUCAGCGACCAAUGCACGGCUGCGGUUGAAGGUCUUCAGCUUGCUCACGAUGCAGAGAUGGAGGAGGAGCUUGCCAAUAGACGUCAUCGACGAGCAAAACACCGACAUAGCAAUACGUCAAACGCCUCGGUUAGUGACGAUGGUGGUCAGUCAGAAAACGGCGAGGACAGCCUUCUUCAUCCAAGUGGCCGUGCAUCAACUAUUCCACCUACUCCAGAUCUCAUCCAUAAUCGAUCAAGCACUGCCAUGUCAAUCUCCAGCAUAAACACCACUCCGGAGCGAAACAGCCAACAGUACAGCAUUGGAAACGAUAUCCCAACCAAGAUUGUUGAGGACAGUGACGAGGAGAACCUUGGAAGAAGAAGUGAGAAUGAGAGCGAGCUUACCACCAAGGCGACUCUACUUCACAGACCAGCCGGUGCUCGUAUCUCUGCUUUGGGAGGUCGUUAAGUCGAUUUGAGAAGUUAUUUUUUUAUGUUUGCGGGGGAGUCCUUUGAAUUUUUUUCCUUCUCCAAUUUCCCGGAUGGCGUUUUACAUGGCUGGGCCCGGCGAUCAUCCUGCGACUUUAUUUGUGGUUGUCAUUCUGCGUUUGUUUUUACUGUCCUACCGGACAUGCUCUCGAAUCUCAUUACUUCUGUAUGUAGCAAGUUUAUCCACGCCCUUAUUAUAGGGUGAUUGAUGAUGGUGGUGGGGGGUGGAAGUUGGAAAUGUACGAGGUGUAUUUACAAUAUGGGGGGAUGGCGUGG